CGCCAAGAGGAGACAGAACGCGAAAGAGGCUGGUACUGCAGCGGAGCCGGGGACAAGCUGCUGUCUAUACUCCCUCAAAGAGAAACCGAGGUACAACACAGGAGAGGACACUAAAGAAGAAGCACAACAAGACAGGUUUGCAGAAGAAAGCAAAAGGAUCACUUUAUACCGGCAAAUAGUGUCUGUAUCCCUCCACACACACGCCUUCAUGUUGCGGGAUCAAUGAGCGUCAAGAGAGACAGCAGUGCGUAAAGUUGGUGAGCUGAUCCGCCCGUCUCCCGCUUCCCCUGUGAACAUUAUUGUUGUCAUUUUGGGGGGAUCGCUGUACUCCUGUGGUCCCGGUUCCAGUGUGGAUUUCAGAACCCAUCACAGUGUCUUUGUCUGUGGAUGAGCGAGGCUUGUUGGAUGGUAACAUUUCCAGCGGAGCGCUGCUGGGAGACACAAGAAGGGUCUCUGUGAACGUGCCACAUGCGUGUGGGAGAUAUGGAUUUGCUUUUGCUAUAGCCAAGAUUUGCCGCGGUUUUUUAAAAUAUUCAUUUUUCAUUUUUUGAUUGUGUGCGUGUUGUUUUGUUAUAUUUUGUCUUAAACGACCGCUGGGAUUUCAAGACGCGUGCGGAAUUACAACCAUGAACUUUGUUGUCAGUUUGGUACAAAUCCUUUUGGCAGCGGUUCUUCAACUAUCCACAGUAAAGACUGCCAGCAUUAACAAGGGAGUGGACAAGAGUAAAAAUGAGGUCAUCCUUCUCACGGACGUCAUCAGUAAGAGUAUGUGCCAGCCAAGGGAAAUGCUGGUGGACAUCUUCCAGGAGUAUCCAGAGGAUACGGAACACACCUAUAUCCCUUCCUGCGUGGUCCUCAACCGCUGUGGAGGCUGCUGCAAUGACGAAGCAAUGGAAUGUGUACCCACGGAAACCCGCAACGUCACAUUGCAGGUAAUGCGGGUUAGACCAAUGGUAACGCAACAUACUAUUCACUUAAGUUUCGCCGAGCAUCAAAAGUGUGAUUGCAGACUAAAGCCAGAUGUUCAAGUAAAGAAAGAAUACCACUGUGCGCCUUGCUCAGAGAGAAGAAAACGCUUGUUUGUGCAGGACCCUCUCACCUGUAAAUGUUCCUGCAAAUUCACACAAUUAGACUGCAAGUCCAGGCAACUUGAGUUAAACGAAAGAACUUGCAGAUGUGACAAACCAAGGAGAUGAGACCAGGAGAGGCGGACUACACUGUUAUGAAGGAAUUCUUUUUGGCACAGCACUUUGAAACCUGAGGAUGCAUUCCCUGCAAGGACACAAAAUGACAACGCAAGACAAGAUGCUGUGGAUGCUGAUCUUGCCACUGUCUGCUUUCCGCCUAAAGAUAUUAAUAUAUAUGUACAUAUACUAUAAGUACAUCGACAAUGUGUAUUGCUGCUACAUAAAAUGACACUAUUUAAAGCGAAACGAAUGCGCCACUGGCGUGUGAACGGGAAAUGUUUCAGUGGCGGUCUGCUCAUGGGUAGAACUGGGAAAAGAAAUCUUAUUUUAUGUAACACUUCACUGGAUGCUGGUCUGCUGUGGAUAUGAAUAUCUUAAAUAUUUCUUAGUAAGAAAAACUCGUGACCACAACUUCAUAGAGCGGUGCAGCAGAAGCCAAACUUGCCUCCGAACUGUGACAGAAGAGUACAGUUCAGUACAGGGACGGAGGGAGGAUGAGGAGGCGGAGUUGGAGGAACAUCUGUUGUACUUGAACUGAACUGCAGGUCCAAGAACCGUUUCCCUCUGUGACAUCAUGUGAAGUUUUGUCACCACUGUACGAACUGACUCCAGUUGGUGUGAUAGCACACCUUAAAAGUCUAUCAGAGUUUUCUGAAAGGACUGUUGACGCAGGUUACGUGCCGUGGUGAUGGAUAAUGUGAAGAUGACUUUCUUCCCCCAUGGAAGGGUUACGUGACGGUGGCAAGAACCGAACUAACAGUGAAGUUUUGCCAAGCAACUAAUUAGUAACUAGGGUUAGGAUUAGGUUUUGGCCUAUCCCUAAACAUGGGCAAGUAAAACAAUGUCUAAUGUUGGAGUUGAGGGUAGGACAAGAGUUAGGAAGUCAAAGUUUUCGUCAGGGUUUAAGGUAACAAACCACUACCUGUUUCUGGUUCCGCCUCCUUUACGUACCCCUUCCCUGCUGGGAGAACAGAUUUGUCUCUCUUUUUGUGCACAGAGUUUAUUAUUUGUAUUUUGAGGUUUUGUGUUCAUUUCACAAAAUGUCUUGAGACCAGGCUGCCUAAAGGGAUAUUACUGUAGGUAUAUACGGAGACAAGAAGUAAAUAGAUGAGCUAAUCACAGCACAUCACUGUAGAAAUCCACAACCUUCCAGUUUUCUUAUUUAAUGGCUUUGUGUGUGUUCCAAAGAAAUAGUCAUACAUCCACAACAGAGCAGUUCAUCAUAAACGAUCUGUAUAUACUUACUAGAUAUCCCUUUGUCUAGUACACUACAUCUAAUUUAUAGAAUAUUUCAGUAUUCUGUAUUAUUAUAUUUAUAUGCAGUGUUAAUGUGUUUUUUUUUUUGUUUUUCCUCCUCAACUGUUUUCAAUCUGUCUGGAGAUUGAAUGGAGAACACGUAUGACUGUAGAUGCCUUUUUGUUGUGGGGAAAAAAAGGCUUGAAAGACAAUGCUUUGACAUUCCUGAUUUAAACUAAAGCUGCGUUUCUCACCAGCCAGAGGGGGAUCAUGGUGGGCCUGUUGACCGAUAGAAACCCCAGCCAUCGACAUGUGCGUGAAUGAUACGCCAACACAGGUGUUUUUCAUUUUGGACUGGGGCAAUGGACAUGUGGUUUUGCACUUGUGGGCCCGAAGACACGUCAUAAGGAGGACUGAGGGAGUCUCGUUGCCGCUGUUCAGCUCGGACCUAAUUUAGUGAAGACCAAUCAGACUAGGGCCUCUAGUCUGAGGGUGGUAAACUGGCGCAGUUUUCUCUGACUUAAACCCAGGCACUAACAAAAUGGCCCCAUUGUGAGUCCCAAGUAUUACACUUGUUGUUUAGCCAGGAAAACACAGCCAAUAACCACAAAUCAAACUUUCCCUUUAAUAUUAAACUGUUACCAUAUGAGAAAUUUAACUUACUCAUUGCUGAGUAUCGACAACAAAGCUGUAUGAUAAAGAAUAAAUAAGACAUAAGGUUCAGUAAAGUCACAAGGUUUAUUUUUAAUUGUAAGUGAUGAAGAAACACCAUGAGCAACAAUAGGAAGAUUUAAAACUAAUAUACUGAUGUUAUAUAUAAAAAAGUAUGCACCAUGUGCUACCACAUGUCAUGUUAUAUCUGGCUCAGAUUUCAUGUCCUGCGCUUUUACAUAUGCUAAUUAUUAGGGAUGGGCAUGAGUAAAAAGGAACAUAUAUAUAUAUAUAUAUAUAUAUUAAUAUAUAUAUAUGUGUGUGUGUGUGUAUGUUUAUGUUUUUUGGGGAUUUCUUUGGACAAUGAUACAUCUGCACAGCCACAGAUAACAUUUCUUUAAGUAAAAAUGACAUUCAACGUUUUCAGUCAGACAUCACUCAAUCUAAUGUUACCAGCAGAAUGGCGACCAUGCAUAAGUGUGAUGUUUGGAAGUAUUUCAACAAAAUAAACAAAAUGAAUAUGCAGUACAGGAAAGUAGGCUAACCCUAACCCCUACCCGCAUUUUCGUUUGGGCGUUCAUUCGGACCCUAUUCUUACAUCUUACGUUUUUUUUUUUGCAAGUACUUGAGUACUCUAUAAUAAUUUAACACAAGUACUCCAAUAUUGAAAUUACUUAAAAUGCCCAUCCCUGCUCAUUAUUUGAUUCAUAUUGUCUGAAGGCUGCUGCAUCUUAACAUUACAGAAGACAAUUAGGACCACUAGAUAAAGAAUUUGAGCAAGAAUUGACAGAGAAUGCUGACGAUACAAAGACAAAUGAAGGCACUUCUAUGCUAUAACGCUGCAUGCUCCUCCCUAACUGACAGGACCUGUGACUUCACUUCCUUCUUCCACAAUAACUUGAGCCAUUUGAGGGAAAGAAUGACUAGUUUAUGUACAUCAAUUAUUAUUCUUGCAUAAAAUUAUUAGUUCAAAGGUGUACAUUAUUAGUUUAUCCACCUGCAAUAAGGAAUUGUCAGAAGACAGGUCAAGACUCAAAGUCAGUGACUUAAGACUCCAUUUUUAGUCCUUUCUCCAAUGUCUGAACUCUUUUUGACGUUAACCCCUUCCAUAAAACAAGGCUAUGAUGUACUAAAACCUCUAAUGCUUGGUCAAACUAAAGGUUUGUAAUGUCAGAUGCUUAUAGCCUAAAGCUGCUACACAGAAAACCCUACACAAGUAAUUUCUUUUAAUUAAUCCUACCUGUGUCAUUUGUUAGCACAGGUUGUACCACUGCUGUUCAUUAAUGUGAACCAACUGUAAAGAAUUCUACCACCCUCAAACUAAAGGCCUGAGAGUGUUUUCAUUGAGUCCGGCUGCUGGCUCAGUGCACAUGCCUCUCAAGUCCUCUGAUGAUGAGAACAUUCUAUUUGUAUUUAAAUGACAGACAUUUUGUUGAGUUUGUACAGCCACAAACAUUUUUAGUAUAUUUUCACAUUAAUAUAUUUAUUGGUGCUGUAAAAUAUUUUACAAUAUUAAUACUC